CGUCGACCACAAGCAGGAAACAAACAGUCAUUCAUACAAGUAUUAUUUACGGUGUGGUCAUUCUUAAAUGCAAAAUUGUUUGUUAUGUAUAUCGUGGGUGCUGCCGUGCCGUGUUUUCAUUUAAACGGGAGUUCCUGGAAUGUUUCCUUUAUUUCUGGGAUAGGUACACUUAAAAUCUUCAUUCUUAAAAUAUCACGAGUGCGUAUUUUUGUAAAUAACAUUGCGCGACCCCUGCCCGAAUUUAUCAAUUCUUUGUGAGACAACAUUUUUGGCGGGUAGCGGAAUAAUUUCGAUACUGAUUCAUCGCAUUUCUAGGAAAAGUAUCAAGAUUCGCUCGAUGAUGGAAACAAGCACGGACAGAUACUUGCAUAAGAAGUUCAAAAAACAACUGAAUUUGGAGGGAAGCAGCUUCUAUCAGAAUGAGGAAAGGACAAAUGCGCUAAUUGUACCAAAUCUGCAGACCGGCAGUGUGGUUGCUAACGAGGCAGCGAUUCCUGGGGUAUUGUCACAGAAUGCUGACAAUGUUUCGGUUAUAACUAGUAACAAUGUUGUGCCAAAUUUUAGUACAAAUAAUGAAAGUGUUAAGAGUAACGCAUCGUGUAAUGUGAAGUCUUCCAUAUCACAUUUUAAUGUAGGAGAAAGACGAGAAGCCAUAACUACUGAAGUAGAUCCACAAUCUUCGAACACUUGCAUAUCAUAUGUAAUUUCAAAACAUAGUAGAUUAGACAACAGAAAUCAACCAGAAAUCCACUUUAGAACUGCUAAUUUUGAUACAAGAUUUAACAAUUCAGAACCAAUAGGUAUCUCGACAGUCGGUACGUCUUCCAUUUUAGACAAUGUUUAUACAGAACAAUACGUAACUUCCAAAUUGGUACAUGUAGAUAAAAUAGAGGACAUAUCCUCCAACUUUAGCAUAGUUAAUAAUGACCAUAUAUCGCAUUCUGAGAGCACACUAGAUAGUAGAACGUUAGAAUCCAACUAUUCGACCGAGUUCGGUUCGGCGGAAAAAGGUAGCGGAGGCAAGUACAUUUGUUCCUACUGCAACUUGGCGUGUUCGAAGCCUAGCGUCCUGCAGAAGCACAUUCGGGCGCACACAAACGAAAGGCCCUACCCGUGCGUCAGUUGCGGUUUCAGUUUCAAGACGAGGUCCAAUCUCUACAAGCAUUGUCGUUCUCGAACGCACGCCAACCGAGUGAUGGGCAACAAAGCGAAUAACGAACUCGAGGCGGACAGUUCGAGUAAGAUGGCGGAGAUUUUAAACGAGGACAGUAAUAAUUCGCAAUCGCGCGACGACAUGCCGGAAGACGCGAGCGUUGGCAACGAAAGACUGGGCCAAAAUCUCAAGAACAAACCGUACAAGCCGAGAUUUCACAAUUCUCGGGUUUUUUUCGAUGUCGACGAUCAGGACCCCGUGCAGAAACCGUCGAAUUCCGAUCUAUUAUCCUUGCACAUCAAUGAAGUGAUCAGUAAAAAUAACGCGAUUGUGAAUACCAACGAACCGUAUUUACUCAGAAAACGUUCUAUGGAUAAUAGUCUUCUGGAGGGUGCUACGAAUAAUGGAUCGAUACAUCGGUACAACGAAGUCGGUAGUCCGCGCCAGCAGGUGGAAGAACGCAGCGUGGAGGAGCCCCUAAAUUUGACGCAUAAAAUUCGAAAACGGUGCGUGAGCGAGGUGAUCGAGCCUACCAUACAUAAAAGCUUAAUCAAGGAGUUGUUGCUGAAAAAUCUCUACGCCGAUUCCAUGCAAUGUCCCCACUGCAAAAUGAUCUUUCAAACCGUUACCGAGCUGGAACUGCACAAAAUGCGAAGCUGUAAGGGCCUCACCAAGGUCGGGCCGAGAUAUAACCGAAGCAGCUCGGUAAACGUGGCCUCGAUUUUGACAAAGAACAAAAACGCGUUCGACUCCAUGCCGUACUACCCCAGCACCACGUUUCCGCUAAAAUCGCCCGGGCCGUUUUUGGGCAACACUCGUCUGGUGGAGAGCGACAAAAGUAAAUCGUUCUCGUUCGACGACAGCUUCGCCAAAUUUCAAAGUACACAAGCGAAUAUUUUAAAGUCGCCGCUACGCUAUUCGCUAUCGCCGCUGUGUUUCGAGGGCGAUCGCGCGAAAAAGGCGCCCGUUAAACUAUUCGGGGGGGAGGUGAAAAUCACGCCGACCUCCGGAACGAAAAGCUUUAAAAUCGACAGCAAGGACAACGAAAGGUAUCACGAUCGCUUUUUGGAUCACGACGAAAGACUGAGUGAAAAUCGUGUCGUCAAAUCGAGUUUGCAGUCGGGCGGAACCGUGCUGCAGAACAAGGCGAGUUUUAACAACAAGCAGGAGUCGUUGCGAUCACCCACGGACGUUAUUCGAAUGUACGACACCUCAGAAUUCGACAAAGCCAAAUUUAAUUACGGCUCACAGUCGACUCGCGAAGUAUCGAAUUUAUCGAGACCGUUGUCGGCGGGGAGCGGUGACGGGGGUACCUCGUACAAAUACACGAAUAUUAUGGAUUUUAGUCAGAAGGCUGUCAAGUUACUAGCGCCGAAUUUGAAGCAACCCAACCUUCGAAUUCCCGGCGUCCCCGUUCCGGUACCUCCCAAAAUUAUUAUUCCCCACUCCCCACUGGUUCCCGUAGAUAUGAAUAACCUCGAAAUGCCCAAAUUGUCGGCGGAGAGCAGCCCUCUUGUCCCGAAAGCACCCCAAUUGUCUCACAAGCAAAUUCGUUUACUAAAAACCGAUUCCAAGGAGCAACCGGUUUUACCGGCGGCGGUUUGCAAUCCUGUUAAUUUAUUGGUUAACGGAAAAGUGGUCCGGUACGUUCCCGGCAUGCCCGGACCGGUGGCGGCCGAAUCGCCAGUGGCGUACGCCUCUAACACGCUUCGUUCGCCCGCAUCUCUCAAGUCACCCAGUCCGUUGGACACGCGGCCUUCUGAUAACCUCAUCGGCGCGGACUCGGAUAGGAACACCCCGAAAUAUCCGGACAACCGAAUUACGGUCGUCAAGUCGCCUCUCGCGAGGACCAAAUCGCCGAACCGCUCGUCGCCGUCGUCAAUAAGCGAAACUCCGAAGAGGUUCGCGAGGCCGAACACGUUGGCGCUCAAACCGAGCAUUUCCGCGCAGAAGCAGCAUCACGGCCUCACGCCGACCAUGUUCAAUCAGAUACUGAUCAGUCCGGAUACGCCUCGCAUCGCUAAGAAGUACAUGCAGCAUUUUCUACACGGCAACUACUUCAGUUAUCUGGGUCUGAAAAGUAGCACAAAGUCGGUGUACUGUACGCUGAAUAAAACGCAGCCGUUUUACGUGCCGCAUUUUAAAAAGUUGAGCAUGUAUUCGGAAUGGAGGCAGCAGGAUAUCAAGGGGGAUAAGCUGUACGUUAGUGCGUACGACUCUCGACAACGACAGCCGAGAUAUGUAACGGCGGGCAAGGCUAGCGCGGAUUUGGUUGUGCAUUCCAGUUAUAAGUUCAUAAAUGACUCUGGAGGGAAACAAGACGAACAAAACAAGUCCACAUCAAUAUUAGGAGGAUACGAAUCAAAUGAAGACUAUACCUACGUGCGCGGAAGAGGAAGGGGCCGAUACGUCUGUGAUCAAUGCGGAAUUCGAUGCAAGAAACCGUCGAUGUUAAAGAAGCAUAUUAAAACGCACACCAACGACCGACCGUAUACGUGCAGCCAUUGUAAUUUUAGCUUUAAAACUAAGGGGAAUUUAACCAAGCAUAUGAAGAGUAAGGCGCAUACGAAAAAUUAUACGGCAAGCAGUAGUUCUAAUUCUUCGGCUCAUCAAAGUGGUACGCAAAGUUCGGAUUCGGAUACUGAGGAUAGUGGCAUGGACAGUAGUGACGAAUCUACAAGGCAGCAGGAGCACGAAGCAGCAUAUGGCUUACUAUCUCUGUCGCAAAAAGCUCCUCAAAACGCGUCAUCGAAUUCUGAACCCGAUAUAAAUUCGUUAAACAUUAAUCCCGUAGAAAACUCGUCCAGUUUCAUGAACGCCGAACAGAUAACUCAAGUGAACAAUAAAAACUUUGCCAAAAAUAAAAUCCUCGAUCGGCACGUUUCCCUAAACUUCAGUGCAUCUAAAAUUACGCCCGAAGUUAUCGCCACAAACGAUAGAUCGUCUAAGGAUACUCAAAGUUUUCACACGUUCUUCGGUACAAAUAGGCCCUUAACAUAUCCGUACACAUCAGAAAUGGUAGACGAAAGUUUAUCGAGUCAAAAUGCGGCGUCAAUUUUUAGUCCGGUUGUCGAUUCGUCGAGCAACUUAUCCGAACCGAGAAAGGAGUUGCAAAAUACGUCCGCGUUUAGCAUUGUACAAAAACAUAACGUUCACUACUCGCCUCCCGAAGAUGGUUCGGGACGGACGACUGAAAGUAAAAGUGUUACGAUUCCUAUUACGAUUAGUUACGAUUCUAGUUAUUUAAAUCAGUAUAAAUCUCACGAUGUUGUUCCUAUAAUUUCAAAUCAUCAGAGGCCGAUUCCUUCAGUUAAAGUCAACGAUAGAAUUACUACUUCCUACGAAAGUGUUCCUGCGGAUGUCAGAAAACGUAAGGUGCAAGAGGUUCAAGUUUCGAACAGCGUAAAGGUCAUUAAAAUUAAUUCCGAAUCCGAAGCUAUGGAUUUAUCGAUGCCAUCAUUAGUGGAGAAGUCCCCUGCCGGUACUUUGAACGUUAACGGUAUUUUGUGCAAUAAAGAUAUUAAUCAUUACACGGUGAUCGAAACGAACAAUAAAGUGAAAGUGGCGGAAACCGCAGGGGCGGUCAGAAAACCAGAGUACAAAAACGAAGGUGCAAACUACAGUAACGAUAGGAUACAAAUGCCAUAUGAAAAGAAUGACGAAAAUUCUAUGCAUAAUUGUGAUAGUAGCGAGGAAUUAUCGUACAGCGAAGAGAGCGAUAACGCGAUUAAUCUAAAAAUGUCACCGAAAAACAAGGCGGACGACUCGAUCAACGUUAACUACGUCAUACAAGAGAACAGCACCUCGGUUAUUACGGCGUAUACGGACUUACCGAACAGUUACACGCCUAUGGACUACGAUAAUAGUGCCAUGGAAACCUUGGCGGACGUCGCUACGAAACAAGUUAAGCUCGAGAAGAACACGCUGGCAAAGAGCGUGGCGUCCGAAUACCUGAAGUUAGCGACGAAGAACGAGUUUCAAAGUAUGGAAGGCGCGACGGAGUCGAAUAAGGAGGUGACGGAGUUGAUGGUCAAGCCGGAGGAGAACAAAAAUUGUACCAUUUGUUCGAAAAGUUUCAGCAAACCAUCACAGUUGAGGUUACACAUGAAUAUACACUACCUUGAAAGACCAUUUCGCUGUGAUCCAUGCUCGGUGAGCUUCAGAACGAAAGGCCACUUCCAGAAACACGAACGAAGCGCAGGUCAUCACAAUAAAUUAUCGUCGUCGCCGAUGUUCUCCUCGUCGGAACCGCGUCCUUUCAAGUGCUCCGACUGUAAGGUAGCUUUUCGAAUACACGGCCAUCUGGCGAAACAUUUGAGAUCGAAAUUGCACAUAAUGAAGCUGGAAUGUCUCGCCAAGAUUCCUUUCGGUUUGUACGCGGAGUUGGAACGGGCCAAUAGUCUUCUCACCGAAAUCAAUACCACCGACGGGGACCAAUGCUUGGAGAGUUUAAAGGCUCUGGCGAGGAAAGUGUUUGUAAACGACCCGAGCAAAUUAAAUCAAUUAGAAGUAUCAAUGAACAAUGUAGAUUCAUCAAAUAGUUAAGUUUGAAUAGUAUAUAAUUUAAAUUACAUGCAAGACUGAGUAAACAAUUUAUUGAACAUAAAAGUAUAUAUACAUUUUUUUAAAGCAUUUUAACGUUAAAUGAAUAUUAUAGUUUAUAUAACUAGAUAGUAUAAUUAUACAAACUGCAUUCUCAUGUGUCAAAUCUAUUAUGUGAUGUGAUAUAAGUAACUAAGUAUAAAGUUUUAUUGUUUAUUUUAAUUAGAAUUUGAAAUGUUACGUUUAAGAAAGUUCUUGUUGCUGUCGUACAAUGUACGAUCGGGUGACAUUUUAUUUAAUCUUUCAUGAACACAAGUGAUGUCUUUGUUAGCAAUAUGAUUGUUUUCUUUUGCGCAUUGUUUUAUUUUGUAAACAUAUGCCAUUCAUGUUACUUAGAUUAAGUGUGUUUCAAAUUGUACAUAUGAUUUAUUAUUAGUUACAAAUUAUGUGAUGAUUUGUAUUAAGAACUGUUACUUUCAUUAUGUUGUUCAAUCCAAGUGCAACAUUGAAUUGUUGAAUAAACUUUUGUUUUAUUUCUA